AGAUAAUCAUUUUGAUUCCUUUUGUCCACCAAUACACGUCGACGUCGACGUCGACGUCGUCGUCGUCCUCCUCGUAGUCGUCGUCGUAGUCGUCGUCCUCACCGUCGUCACUGUUGUCCUCUUCGUCUCCAAUCUUUUGUCUCGCUUCGACGACUCCGAUGACCCUGGAUGGUCCGUCCAUUCGAAGGUGAAAACAUUUCUGGGAUCGUAGCAGUGAGAAACAUCGACUCUCUACUUGGGUGAUGGGAGACAGAAAAUCGAGGGAGAAGAUCGAUUGCCCGAGGAGUAACAAGGAGAAUUUCGAAGAGGAUCGAGUACUAUCGCCUAUCGAGGAGGAAUCGGAAUCCUCGACAGAACAGUUGGCUGAUUAUACUACGAACGAUCCCGAGGACGAUUCUUUUUAUCAAACGACGCAUUUCCGAUACAAGGAUUGCCGAAGUGGUUUCCCGAAGAAUUACGAUCGAAAACGACAGGACGACUUGUCCUUUCGUUCGAACGUGCCGAACAAUGUAAAGAAUUCGUCCUCUGGGGAAAGUACUUCUGGUGACGAACGAAAUACUGCUUCGGGCAAUUGUUGCUUUCAAAUGUGCGAUCGAUCGAAAUUAGAAACGGAAGCAUCCGGCGACAAUGACGAAGGAGUACAUUCGAGUCCACGUGUGGACAACGUGCCGAAGACUUUAAAAUGGUUCGAAAAUAGAUUGUCGCAAUGCGAGACGGAAAUCGUCGGUUUGAGAAAGCAAUUCGGUUUGGAGAAGUUUCAAAAUCGACGGUACGCCUUGCAGUGUUACGAGAAGCACGCGCAGACUCAGAACAUCCUGAAAAACGAUCUACAGGCGUGGAAGAACAACUUAGACGCGAGAAUCAAGGCGCAGAUCGUCAGAUGGCAACUGGAUGAGAGGAAGAGGAUCAGCGAGGAAAUUGCCAAGGUCACUGGCAUGUGUUCCCAGGAAAUAACGAAGACCUUACAAAAGAGUAUGAACGAGUGGCAAGAGAAAGAUUCUCAAAAGAUCACCGAACUGAUUCGAAACGAGAGAUUACGUCAGGACGUUGAGAUGCAAAAUACUAGGAAGGUUUAUGAAAAGAUACAAAAACAUUUACAGAAUUUGGACAAACGUAAUCGAAAUUCUUACGUUAAUUUUCGUAAGCAAAUGAGCGUUUGGGAGGAACGUUUAAAGGACGAAGUUAUACGAUUGCACGAGAACAGCUUGAAGGAAUUUCGACAGCAACCAAAAUUUUGGCAUAGCGAUCAAGACGGGAUCAAGAACAAUUCUUUAAAGUCACCCGUUAGAAUGGAAUUACCGAUGGAUCUACAAAGAAGAUCGCAGGAUCAGGAAUACAAUUUUAUUCCGGAAAACGCAUUGGUAAAAUAUCGUGAGAUCAAUGCUAAGGACAUACGUAGAUUGGAACAAAAUUUUAAGUCCAAGUUACAAAAUCAACGUGACGAGUUCACCAAGCUGUUAACAACGAAGUUCGUUAAACUCUGGGAAGCUUUCGAACAGUUCAAACAUAAUUUUCAAUUCGAUCGAAGAUAUCGAGAUUACGAUUAUGCUAGGAUCCACGACGACGAGCCAGAAAUUUUUACUUCUUCGGUGAUGACCGAUCAAGCUGAGGAAGAGGCAGCCGAUAUCGCCAACAAUAAUAAUCAAGAAGAUUGUAGAAAAACAAAGAUUUCUGGAAAAAGAUGAUUUUUUUUUCUUUUUUGGUUUUGAUUUAUUUAAAAA